GGUACAAGUUAGACACGAACAAAAAUUAUUAUUUUUUUUUAUAAACAAAAAUCUCUUUCCAUUCAAUGUCAAUUUAUUUGCAUUGUUUAACAACAAAUGGCGGAUUACCCAUAUUCACGCGUAAAAAGGGAGAAUGCGAUAAUCUGCCCUUUUCAACUGUGGCCUCUCUGAAUGGAUUUCACAUGUUCUUUAAAUCACUCGGCAUACAAUUGCAAACCACACAAACUGCGGAAUGGACAUACAUUUGGCGUGACUUUCACAAUGUAAUCACCUUUAUUGUGUGUGGGCGUGGCAUGGGCGAGUUUCAACUUCAAACGCUGGCAGAACUGGCUUUUGGCGCAAUUGCACUUUUUAUUAGUCGGGAUGAGCUGGCUCAUCCUGCACUGCUGGAACGCUUAAAGAAGGAUGCCAAAAAGUAUGUGCCUAUUGUAGACGCUGCUCUGGAAGCAUCCAGCGCAGGCACAACCCUUUUGGGCUAUACGGACUGUCUGCUCGCUACGGAAAAUGCGAAUCUCUUGCAGCGAUUGAAUGAGUUCAGUGCUAACUGUGGCUCACUCUUCUGUUGUCUUGUUGUGGGGCAACGUAUUUCUGUAGCCACAGAAGGAUGGUGGGAUUUGGAUACGCUGGACAGGGAGCUUCUGCUGUUUCUAUUAAAUUCAUCUAGCACGCUACAGCUCGAUGUUCCCGUCUAUUUGCCCAGCAAGAGUCCAAAUAUCGCCUUUCGAUUUGUCACAAUACCCGUCUCGACCAACAGUGUUCUAUGUGUUCUCUGUGGCGCUGAACCUGCUUUUCGAGAGCUGCAUCUUAAUGCUAUGAAUGCCUAUCGCAAUGAUGGCAAUCUUUUGGCUAGCGUAGAGCGUUGCGUGCCACGUAGUCUGCCCGAGCAGCUGGACAUCGAUGCCCAUAUAUUGGCAAUCAUUUUGAUCAAUACCGAAACACGUAAAUGCAUUUUUACCCGGAAUCUGCAUCAAUCUUCGACUGCCAAACGUAUCGUUGUGGGCGACUUGCAGCGUUUGGAUAUGCUUAAAAGAUUCUUCGAUCACACCUUGGAUACCAUGCACGAAUUAAAAGCAACAAAAUGCGACAGCAACGAAUUGGAUACUUCAAAUAUAUCUACAAUGGUAGAUCAGUAUAGUUGCUCGGACUAUCACAAAUGUUAUGCCCAUGCGGAUGACCAAAAUAAUGUUAUUUUCUUGCUCUUUGUGGCUGCUGUGCCGACACACGCAAUGAGAUUUCUCGCCAAGCAUGUCCAUGUUAGCCUAUUGCAAGAAAAGACCGUCUGCUGGUGACCAGAAUAUAUUUUUCCAUGGAUCUUAUAAGACUGAUGAUUGCCGUCCAUUUAACAUACCUUUAAAUUACCUUUCUUAUUUUUUAAAUAAGACAUGACUGCCUCUA